UUCUACAGUCCCCUCACCAGCCUGGUUGACUCCGCGCAGAGACCACAUCAUCGAGAGAUCCUGAUCAAGAAAUGAAACAAGAUGGGCGAGUUCCUUAGCAGACUCCUGGAAGAAUUUGGAGGGGACAAGGACAAGCAGCAGGCUGCCUACACGGUCCGGGUGAAGACCGGCGACUGCCGCAAUGCCGGUACGGACGCCAACAUCUACAUCGCGCUUCAUAGUAAAGACGAUGAAAGGACCAAAAAUAUGAAACUUACUGGAAGCUUUUGGCAGGAUCACUUCGAAAGAGGGGACUUCAACACCUUCAAACCCAAGGAACUUGGAGAUAAAGGCCCUGUCUUGAAACUCGAAGUAUGGCGAGACCUGUCGGGCUUCAACGAUUCUUGGUAUGUCGACGUCAUCGAAGUCGAGCGUCACUCGACGACCACGAAGUACAUAUUCCCGGUCAACCGAUGGGUGGUCGACAAGCCUCGUCUUCAGUUAGUUGAAUGGGAUAGUCGAUUGCCGCAGGACGAUGAAAGUCGAAAAGAACAACGAUUAGCCGAACUCGAGGCUAUGAAGAGGAAGUACGAUUUCAUCUGGAGAUUCGAGGGCGUAAUGCCGCAGGCCCGUGACGUACCAAUGGAGGAAAUGAUUACCUACGGAUACGAGUGGGACCUGACAAAGCAGAGUUUGGCUCUGAGCUUACAAGGCGUCAUCACACGAGUGAGGGCGACAUUUUGGAAUUCUUUGGAUGACAUGAGAACUAUCUACGGUGGAGACCUACCGCCUCCAACGUGUCUUUCGCGAUGGCGGAAGGAUACAACAUUUGGUAUGCAGAGGUUAGUUGGUUGUAACCCAACGCAGAUCCGGCUUUGCAAGAAGAUUCCGCUCAAACUUCCAGUGACUGACGACCUGCUGAAGCCCUUCUUAGAAGGGAUGUCAAUUGGAAAAGCAAUCAGGAAGAAACGAAUGUUCGUCAUAGACUAUGAGAUAAUGAAAGAAAUGCCCUUACGGCAGGGUGGAGAGGUGCCAGCUCCAAUAGCCCUGUUCUUCGUCAACAAGGAUAAGAACCUGGUCCCCGUUGCAAUACAACUAUUCCAGGAACCAAAUGAGAACAAUCCGAUCUUCGUUCCAAGUGACCCCGAGUACACGUGGAUGUUAGCCAAGAUGUGGUUCAAUCUCGCCGAUGCUUCCUACCACCAAUCAAUCUGCCGCAUGGGAAUGUCUCAUCUUCUAAUGGAAACCAUUGCCGUGGCAACGCAUCGGUGCCUGUCCCCAUCUCAUCCACUCAACCGUCUCCUCGCACCCCACUUCCGGUUCCUCUUAGGAAUUAACCAUGUUGGUUACGACACCUUGUUCGGAGAAGACGGUUGGAUCGAAGAGACCUUGCUCAUCGGUCGUAAAGGGAUGAUGGAGUUGAUUCGUCGAGUGUGGAAGGACUGGAAUAUCUCGAAGGAUGGUCACAUGGUUCAUGACCUCGAGGACAGGGGCGUCAAUGACCCAGAAGUACUACCCAACUACCAUUACCGAGAUGACGGUACCCUGAUAUAUGAAGCAAUUGAGGAAUACGUCAGAACGGUCGUCAACGGAUACUAUGGUCACGCAAAGAAGAUCAAAGCUGACCCGGAAGUACUUGAAUGGGGAAGAAUCCUGGCAACUGAACCUUCUGCCGCAUCUCCGCAUACAUGUGGGAUCAAGGGCAUACCCAGUGAUGGCAAGUUUCGAAAUGGUCAGCAACUGACGGAGCUUCUCACCAACAUCAUCUACAUAUGUAGUGCUGGCCAUGCAGCAGUUACCUUUACGCAGUAUGACGAGUAUGGCUUCGUCCCCUCCUACCCAGGGUGUCUCAGGGGAAGUCCACCUAAAGAUAAGGGUGUUAGAACGGAGAACGAUGUGCUGGAAACCCUACCUCCCAAAGACUGGACCAUUCGAGCUAUGGUGAUGUCUAGAAUCUUGAGCAGAAGAGACACCAAAGCUCUGGGGGAUUUUGAGGUGCAGUACAUGUACGACCCCAUCGGCAAGAAAGCCAUCGAGACAUUACAUGAGGAACUGAAAGCAGUCACUGCAGAGAUUGAUAAACGGAACAAGGAUCGUGUUCAACCGUACCUCAUCCUUCAUCCAAGCUGCAUCCCUAAUUCUAUUGCCAUCUAACUGCAUGUUUCACAAACAAUAAAGUGCGACUAAGGGGGUGUUGCAAGAAAAUACUUGAAAUCAAAUGCAAAAUUCUGUUGCAAUUUUACAAUAGACCAAUUCUAGCUGUAUGAUAUCAGGGCCCCGUCUUACAAAGAGUACGAUUGAUCCGAUCAGUCGAUCGUUACUAUGGACAGCAGCAACGUCAACAUCUAUUACGCAUGUUUGUUCAAAAUAUUUUCUAGCUAUGAUGUAUAUUCAUGCAUUCAUUGUUUUCUUCAAAAUUCAAUGCGCUUCUCUUUGCACACAGAGGACAAUGUGCAAAUUUUUCGUAGAAAAAAUUAUGACACUGAUGGAUUUCCAUAGAGUUACGAUUGUUAGGAUCAAUUUAACUCUAUGUAAGACAGGGCCCUGUUUACACUUCUUGUUGCAAGAAGCCUAUCAGCCAUUAAAUGCAAUAAGCAAUUAAAUGCAAGGCAUGAUUGGUUUGAAGACCCAAAACGAGAUUCACAAUUAUCCAUAGGUGUCUUGCAAUGCCCCAAUAGGAGUUUUCUCAAAGAGAUUUAUAAGUGUAACUCGGAUUAAGGGUUACCUGGACAUCUGGGGAGUGUUUAUUUUCCUCUGGCAAGUUAGUUGUCAGAUCUAACAACUUUCUUUGAUUUUGAUUGGCUGAGAGGCACAGUUCCAAUGGUAACUGUUGGACAAAACAUCUGAUAUGUCCUUUUGAGAAACACUCCCCUGAAGUCAUAAUGAGUGACAAUGUACAUGUAAUACAGUUACAUACAAUGUUAUUGAUAAACUGGGGUUCCCAGAGCAUAAGCCAGUUCGUAGUUCCACUCUGUGCAUGAUCAGAGGAAGGUCGUUGGUACUAAAGUGAAAUGGUGGUUUAAAACUUAUUGAGAUAAGAACCAACUUUGAUGUCUUGAUUAUUCAUACGUUCUUUUGAAUUCUGUUUUUCAUUUACAUCCACCAAAAUACAACAAUGCGUCCACGAAUGACUGGUCUUUCACAGUUAAGUUUGCCAAGUACAUUGUACAACUAAACAAGCUAUAAUAUGCAUUCAAAAUAGAAAUGCAACAAAUACUUUCAUAGAGUGUUCAAUGGUGUGCUAAAAAUAGUCAUUUAAAUAGUCUAUUCAAUUUCUUCAUCCUGCUAUGUAAGGCAUGCUUACACUAUAUCUUGCUUUGAAAUCUAUGUAUCCUAAUAAAGAAAUGAAAGGUAUUUGACCAAAGUUGUCCAUGAAGUAACUACGAACUGGUCUAUAAUUUCACCGAUGCAGUGGGAACUACAUGUACAUCAAAAUGGUUGUUUUGAUCUUCAUCCAGGUAAGUAUGCAGAGCCUGUCUAUAUCGAAGUACAUUUCACUUGGAUGAAUAAAGCUUAUUUUAGAGGACCUGCUUACUGACUGCUAAUAUUGAAAGGUCAGUUCAAGUCAAACUUACGUAUAUGUGAAAUAUCUCCAAGAUCAAAACCUAUUAAUUAAGUAAAAGACUGUAUGUAGAUGCAUGUCUAACAUAGUUUUGGGCUGUAUCGGUUAAAAAAAAUUGUUUAAAAUUAUAGAAACAAUAGUACCAAUACAGCAAGGAUAUAAAAACAUUAAUAUAGUUAAGAAAAGAAACAACUUGACAAAAGAACUUUCAUGAGACCAAAUUUUGUACAUCAUUAUCAUGGAUCAGUAAUUUUGCAUUGUAGUUUUGAAUAAUUAUACUCCAACAAGGCUGAUUGGCAAAUCAUUAUUAAUCAACCAUUUCCAUGAUGCCCAGUUUUGAACAACUCCAUAAGAAGUAUUAGAUUUACCUUAAACAGUUUUUCUUGGACAAGUUGGGAAGAUAUAUUGCUGAGAAAAAAAAACCACCCAAACACACACCCCAAAAUCAUUAGUUUCUGGCUGCAGCCAUUAUAACGAGCCAACACAAAAUAUUUAUCACAAAAUCAUUUUAGAAUGAAAAUUAGCCAUGGCAUGGUAAAUGAAACAGAUAGUUUUGCAUAUAUUGUCAAAAUUCCAAGAAUAAUUUGUUUGUAGUGUAAAGAGAAUAAUACCUCGGUCACAUAUGACCUACGGCGGCCGUACGAGCAAAUGUGACCAAGGUAUCAGUACCUUCAAUUAUAUGUGGAAGUACAAUAAAGAAUACACAAAGCUAUAACACUUUAGAAGAGUGUCCAUUUCAUCCAUAAGGCUUUAAAAUGUAAUUAAUAUAAAUAUUUAGAAUAAAAUGAGGUAUAAUGGGACUUGCAUAUAUGAGAUUCUUAACAUUAUUUGUUGUAUUUAUUGUUUUUGCAUAAUACAUAAUGUAGAUUGUGAUAAGAAUUGGUUGUAAAUGAAGUUACGACUGCAUCUUUUGAUGAAUGUAAUAGUCUCCUCUACAUGUAUAUUCAAACCUUGCACAUAAUCUGUAAAUAUUGUUUCCUUUUAGCAAGGCUAAUUGAAAAUGACCCAAAUCUCCUGUACACAAUUUUCCUCCGGGGCCUAGAAAUACUUCUGGAAAAAUUGUUGUCAAGUUUAAUCAGUCUGUUUCUUAAGGCUUCUAUGAGGAUUGGAAAAUGAGUUGGUCCCAAUACCAGUCUAUUGUUUAUCAUAUGAAUGUGUAUGUCCUCAAUAAACAGCUACGGUGUCGAUGAUAUGAAGAAAAA